AGCGGCCACGCCUGAUCGAUGCGACCUUCCCGUCUCGCGGACUGCCGACGCUCAUCUCCCGGCUCCCACGCGCUCCAGUGCCACGCCCGCCCUCUCCUCACCUCGGGCCAUCUCGCCGCCUCCCCGCUGCGCCUCUCCAACCUCCUCCUCACCCUCGCGUCCGUCCGCGGUGCCGCCGCGCACGCGGACGCCGUCGAGGCGACGCAGCAGUAACGGCAAAUGGGCGCCACGCCGGUGCGGUGGCCGCGUGUGCUGACCCCGGCGCAGCUCGCCGGAGCCAUACGCCGGCAGAAGAACCCGCUCGAAGCUGCCCACCUGUACUGGGAAGCGCCUCGCGGCUACCCACCGUCCUGCUACCGCCACAACGACGACGUCCGCUCCACCCUCCUCGGCGCUGCGGCCGGCUCCCCCGUCCUCCCGUCCCUCCUCCGCCGGGUCCUCCCAUCCUCCCCAUCCGCCGAUUCCCUCCUUGCCGCUUCGAUCCCCAACCUCUCUCCCGCAGCCGCAGUGUCCAUCUUCCGCUCGUCGCUCCCCUCCUCCCCGUCGCCGUCUUGGUCCCUCUCCUUCUCUGCCCUCCUCAGGCGCCUCGUCUCCCAAGCUCUACUCCCCGAGGCUGCCCGCCUCUUCGCCGACUUCGCCGGGCGCCCGGAAGUCUCAGUAGCAUCCGCGGAUCUUACUCCUCUCAUCGCUGGUCUCUGCCACGUGCGGCGCCCUGACCUCGCGCUGCAGGUGCUCGACGAAAUGCCGAACCUAUGCCUCGCACCGGAGAGGGAUGCCUACCGCACAAUUGUGCCUGCUCUCUGUGACGCUGGCAUGCUUGAUGAGGCCACACAUGUCGUCUAUUCCAUGCUGUGGCGGGUGUCGCAGAGGGGCUGUGACGCAGAUGUUGUGGUGUAUCGGGCAUUGCUGGUCGCACUCUGUGCAGCUGGCCGGGGCGAACAGGCUGAGCUGGUUCUGGAUAAGGUGCUCAGGAAGGGUCUGAGGUCACCAGGCAGUCGUCGGUCUCUUCGUGUGCCAAUGCUUGCUGUGCUUAACCUCGAGGAUGCUCGGGAAUCCAUUGACCAGGCGUUGGCUGUUCGAGGUGGCCGCACUGUAUGCAGCUUUGAGUCCAUGAUUAUUGACCUCUAUGAAGAGUGUCGGUUUGAUCAGGCGGACAAAUUGCUCGAGGACAUGGCCAAGAAGAAUUUCAAGCCAACAAUCUGCAUGUAUGAGGCAAAGAUAGCUGCUUUAUGCAGGGAAGGGAACGUGGAUGAUGCUGUGGAAGUGAUGGAGAAGGAGCUGCCAAAGAAUGACCUUGUUCCAACAGUGACAACAUAUAACUUGCUCAUGAAGGGUCUUUGUGACACGAUGCAAUCAAUGAGGGCACUAGAAUACCUCAAAAAGAUGGAUAAGCAGCUUGGUUGUGUUGCUCAAAAGGACACUUUCUCAAUCUUGGUCCAUGGUUUGUGCUCAGAAACCAAGUUUAUUGAUGCUUCAAAGUUAAUGGAGAGAAUGGUGAAGGGACAUCAUCGGCCUGACAGAAGUGCAUUCAACAGUGUUAUUGAAGGUUUAUGUUCUGCUGGCAGAAUAUAUGAUGCAUUGCUGUGGCUAGAGGAGAUGAUCGAUCAUGGAGAAACACCAAACAUCCGUGUUUGGUCAUCCUUAGUCUCAGUGGUUUGUAUCUCCCAGUUUGAAGCUUUAGGAGCUGGACUACUGGAGAAAGCUUAGGUUGUAACUGUACAAGAGGUGGGAUUCAUCCUAGGAAACUCUUGAAACCACAAGUACACCAAUAAUGAGUGUAAGGCACUCUUCUAUUUAUAGGAAUAGCAGUUGAAGGAAUCAGACUUUAUAUUAUUAUGGCGCUGUUUCGAAGAUCUUUUGAGCAAAGAACUUCCAGAUCUUCUCCAAGCUGAGCUGCUUGGUUACAAUUUUUUUCAUGUCUUCUUUCCUGGCAAAUGAAACCUCACUGCUCUAAUUUGCCAGCUCAGGCAUGUGGUUGUCAGAGGCGACAUCAGUUGAAUCUGGAGGCUUGCACUCUUCCACCAUCCAAAAUUACUGGACUCAUGAUGUCAUGCAGCUGUGAGCAAAAGUUGAGGUCUCCUAUAGUUACGGACUGUCUGCAUCGAGAUCAGAAAUGAAUGAUAUCGGUCACAUCACUAAGAUAAUGCAAUGGCUCUUCGAAAUUCAUUGUGAGUAUGGGCUCUGGAAGAAAUCGUCCAAGCAUCUCUCACUCGUGGUCAUCUGCAUCAUUGAAGCUAUCCUCCAAAUCAAUGGUUUGUGCACUGGUGAAGUUAUUGCUGAUGCCCAUGGUGAAGUGCUCCGUAUGCACACGAGUCAGUGCCAAAGCCGUCGUGGGCAUUGCCGCAUUGGCAUUGUUUGUUUUAGGGCAGGCAUUGGCAUUGGUUAGCCCUGUAUCAUCCAUAUGCAAGACCUCCAAAUAGUUGUUCUCAGUGCAUUGGAAGCCAUUAUCAGGGUAAUUUUGAUGGUGUUCUGCAGCUGGUAGGCAUCCCAUGCCAGUUGGCUGCACUUGUUCUUGCCAUUGCCUGUAGGCAAUGAGGCAUCUGUGACUGGUUCGUGUAGUUGCCCAUGCCCACGCUGUUUCAGUUGAUGUAUCGGACGCAGGCUGCAUAAGCAUAAUGGCAUUCCUGCUUUUACAGUGAUAAUGGAUCUCCCAGCAUAUGCAUUCUUGCUUUUAUCCAGCACAUGGCCCUGGGACAAGUGUCAUUAGUUGACAGUUCAACGUCAACUCACCAAAUCAGGAUGAUAUGGAUGAUGAAAAUGUAAUGAUGAAGCUGGUGAGGUGGUCAGUGCAGCUGAGGUGCUUUGAGUCCAAGACCCAAGUGAAUAACGGGAGCAGAAGCAAUGGGAGCAGAAAUGCAGAAGUAGAUGAGCAGUGAAGACAAUUCAACCAGCCAUGGAGGUGGAUGAUGGUACGGGUUUCAUAUUCUGAGUCUUGCUUUGCAAGUCUGCCAAUAAAUAUAAUAUGACUACUUCAAAGUACUACCUUCAUGAACUAUGGGGCUGCAAACCGUUUGUUCCAUCUGUGAUUUGGUCGAUUUUAUGUUCAUUAAACCUGGCAUAUUUGGCUCUAGACUAGAGUUAUAUGCUGGUUAUUGAUGUUUGUCAAACUGUAAGCUACUUCUCCAUGCAAGCAUGGCACAUUGGCCCUAGUAGAAUUUAUAUGAAGGAUCUUGCUGUCUGUCAAACUGUAAGCUCUCUAGUUCAAUGAAUGACACUAUCAACAAUGA